UUCUAAACUCCCCUUUAUAUAUUCCCCCAAAACUUCUCCUAAUUUGUCUCCUAUUUUUUCUCAACAAAAACAGAAAAAAACUAUAACUACUCCAAUCUCAAAAAUCCAUUGCCAUUUUCUUCAAAAUCCUCUCCAGCCUUUUUCCUCUCCCGGUCACCGGCGCCGCCGCAACAACAACCGCCGGUGUCCAUUUCAGUCAGACAAAAAUAAUGAGCACAGAGGAACUCCGACGUGUAUUCCAAAUAUUCGAUCGUAACAGCGACGGGCGAAUAACGAAAAAUGAACUAAACGAUUCGUUAGAGAACAUGGGAAUAUACAUACCUGAUGACGAACUAACACAGAUGAUCGCGAAGAUCGACGUUAACGGAGACGGAUGCGUUGACAUGGAUGAAUUCGGCUCACUUUAUCGAACUAUCAUGGAUGAACGCAACGAGGAGGAAGAUAUGCGUGAAGCGUUCAAUGUGUUUGAUCAAAAUGGGGAUGGAUACAUUUGUGUUGAUGAAUUGAAGGAAGUUCUGGCUUCGUUGGGAUUAAAACAGGGAAGGACAUUAGAGGAUUGUAAGCAAAUGAUUAACAAAGUGGAUAUUGAUGGAGAUGGAAUGGUCGAUUUUGAUGAGUUUAAACAGAUGAUGAGAGCAGGUGCUUUUGCUACAUUGAGUUAGGUUAAUUAUUUCGCUUUUUGUUUUUUGGGCUAACAUGUAAAUAAAAUUGUUUACUGCUAUAUUAUUUGAUUUUUCUUUUCAA